AAAGAGAUGAGAGCAACUUGAACCGGAAGCGACUUGGGUAGUCGGUCAGUCCACUGCACCACCACGCCCGACACGCCCACCCCUCCCACCGCUUCCCUCUCCAGGUCUCCCCCGCGGCAACGACCACAGCCCACCGAGCACCGAUCAAUUCGCUGCUCCGCCAGAAGCAGAAGCCGAGGCCGACCUGUCCACGGCAGCGAGCAUGCACCACGAUCCCAACCCCUUCGACGAUGGCGCCGACGAGAACCCCUUCUCGAAUGGAGGCGGAGGAGCGCGUGGCGGAGGCGUCAAGUCGCAGUACGGGUUCCGGCCGGCGGAGCCCGCGGGGUUCGGCGGCGGCGGCGGCAGGGGCGAUGCGACCGUCGACAUCCCCCUCGACACCAUGAACGAUUCGAAGGGCAAGGCGAAGGAGCUGUCUCAGUGGGAGUCAGAUCUCAGGAGGCGAGAGUCGGAUAUCAGGAGAAGGGAGGAAGCUCUCAAGAGCGCUGGGGUGCCCAUGGAGGACAAGAACUGGCCGCCUUUCUUCCCAAUCAUCCACCAUGAUAUUGCCAAUGAGAUACCAGCGAACGCCCAGAAGUUGCAGUAUCUUGCGUUCGCGAGCUGGCUUGGUAUUGUGCUUUGUCUCUUUUGGAAUUUUAUUGCUGUCAUAGUCUGUUGGAUCAGAGGGGGAGAUUCCAAGCUAUUUUUCCUGGCUACCAUCUAUGGUAUGCUUGGCAUCCCUUUGUCCUAUUUGAUGUGGUAUAGACCUCUGUACCGAGCAAUGAGAACUGACAGUGCUUUCAGCUUUGGAUGGUUUUUCCUUUGUUACCUGCUCCACAUUGGCUUUUGCAUAUUUGCUGCCAUUGCUCCUCCAAUUAUAUUCCGCGGAAAAUCGUUAACGGGUAUACUGGCUGCAAUUGACACCUUUUCUGAUCAUGCAAUAGUUGGGAUCUUUUACUUUGUUGGAUUUGCCUUGUUUUGCUUGGAGACACUUGUGAGCAUAUGGGUUCUUCAGAAAGUAUACAUGUACUUCAGAGGGCACAAGUAGGCUAUGGAAGCACUUGCAAUAGUCAACCGAGUACCAUCUGGUUGCUCUGUGGUUUUGUGCAUACACAUAAGUAAGUACAUGUCAGUCGUUGUAUGUUACCGACAAUGUAUAUUUUUCCCUUUAAAGUUUGUAUGGUGAAGGGUAUAUACGAUUAUAUUGUAGUGUCUUUCUGGACUGAUCUGUUUUAAACCCCAAUUCUUUGCCCAUAUAUACAAAUUGCACUUUGUGUGGACUUGUUUGCUACCAAGGCUUCGAAGAUUGAUUGGUCUGUUGAUGCGACGGUUGUUGGAACCCAAGACAGCCAGUCAGCCAGGCCUCCUGGGAUCUCAUUUAUGUGUUCUGUGACGUUGAACGAAUCUCCCGGUCUUUCUUGGAGAUUCAGCUUGUACUGAACUGCAUGGAUGAAACUGUUGCCUCCUGCUGGUUUAUUUGUUAUCGUCA